GCCGCUCCGGAGCCGACUGCGGUCACGCUGCCGCUGCGCCCCGCGCGGCGGGGUGGGCGGCAAGCCACUCGCGAGGCGGGCGCUGAGGCUUCCACGCGGGCCAGCCGGGUCCAGCGCGCUCCGCCGGGAAACUUCUGCGGACGCCCGGCGGGAGCUCCGCGCAGGGCAGGGAAGGACAGGUCCCACACUGGCCCCAGGCACCGUGGAGCCCACAUAAACAGGCCAGGUUUGCAAGGGAGAAAAGCGGUUCCUAGGGGCCCCGACAGUCUUGGGUUUCACCUUGGGGAGGUCCUGUCACCGCCGGAAGUUUCCUUUCCCCGCUUGGACAACCAACAAGAACUUCAUGGGACAGAAAAUAUAAACAAAAAAUUGGAUCUCAGUUUCCAAAUGUGCAAAAUGAAGAGCUCUGGCCGAUCCCAGAUUCCAGAUAUCUCUGAGGAAAUAGCAGAAUAUUUGUGGACUGGAUCCAAAUAAGGAGCCCAGAUGAACUUAAAGAAGCAAGCAUGGGAUUCUUAGUUUUUCAAGAUCCAUACACACAAAACCUUUAAUCAGCACCAACUCCAGUGUCCCGAGUUUUCUCUGAUUUUGUAAAGACUGAGCAAAACUCUCAUGAUGGAAAAGCAAAGGACUUAGUUACCUGUUUCAGUGUCAUCUAAAGUCAACUGAAAAGUGAACCAGGCAGAGUAAUACAGCCAUGGAAAGAAAUUCAAGUUUAUGGAAGAACCUCAUAGAUGAACACCCAGUCUGCACAACCUGGAAGCAAGAGGCUGAAGGAGCCAUUUAUCAUCUUGCCAGUAUUUUAUUUGUAGUAGGUUUCAUGGGCGGCAGUGGAUUCUUCGGGCUCCUUUAUGUCUUCAGUUUGCUAGGGUUGGGUUUUCUCUGUUCUGCUGUCUGGGCUUGGGUAGAUGUCUGUGCAGCCGACAUAUUUUCCUGGAAUUUUGUACUCUUUGUCAUCUGCUUCAUGCAAUUUGUUCAUAUUGCAUAUCAAGUUCGCAGCAUAACCUUUGCCCGAGAAUUCCAAGUGUUGUACAGCUCCCUUUUCCAGCCCCUGGGGAUCUCUUUGCCUGUCUUCAGAACGAUUGCUUUGAGCUCUGAAGUGGUUACUUUGGAAAAGGAACACUGUUAUGCCAUGCAGGGGAAAACUUCCAUUGAUAAACUCUCCUUGCUUGUUUCAGGAAGGAUCAGAGUGACAGUUGAUGGCGAAUUUCUGCAUUACAUUUUCCCCUUUCAGUUCCUGGAUUCUCCUGAGUGGGAUUCACUGAGACCCACAGAGGAAGGCAUUUUUCAGGUAACCCUCACUGCAGAAACUGAUUGUCGAUAUGUGUCUUGGAGGAGAAAGAAAUUGUAUCUGCUCUUUGCUCAGCAUCGUUAUAUCUCCCGCCUGUUUUCAGUGUUAAUUGGCAGUGACAUUGCAGAUAAACUCUAUGCCUUGAAUGACAGGGUUUAUAUAGGAAAAAGCUAUCACUAUGAUAUUCGGCUACCCAACUUCUAUCAAAUGUCAAGUCCAGAAAUACGCAGAUCACCCCUGACACAACAUUUUCGGAAUUCCAGACCAUACUGUGAAAUUUAAAUAUAAAAAAAGACUCUCUCUUCACCAUUCCCCAAAUGAAAUAGCAAAAUACAAAAAAAUUAGCUAAUAUUUUUAUAAAUCGAAUUCAAAGCGAGACGCUGUUACCAACUGUUUUAUUCCUUUCAACAAGUGCAUUGUGAAUAAAUUUUACAAAUUUUUCUUGUA